AUGAAGGCUCGAGCGGUCCCGGCCUCUGGUCUCGUCCUUCCAUCACGAGUCACGCCUUCGACAUCAAUAUGCUGGCAUUGCCUCCGCAAUGAUCUUAUUUCGGUCCAAAGAAAUUCGCAGACGCGAGCAUAUCAUCCUACCCGCCGGAAAUCCGCUUCUCCGUUUGGCGCCGCCGUCACCGCCGCCCAGACUCUCUUCAAAGGACUUCCAAAAGCUCCUCCGGGGAUUUCGGUAGAUCCCCUGAGGAUUGUGGGUAAGGAGCUCAAAUUUUUGACGAAGAACAUUCGUCAAUUGCUGGGAUCAGGCCACCCUACGCUGGAUAAGGUGGCCAAAUAUUACACCAAGAGCGAGGGCAAGCACAUGCGUCCGCUUUUGGUGUUGCUUAUGUCCCAAGCAACUGCGCUGACUCCUCGGCACGGUCGAUGGAGCUCUGCACCGCCCUAUACUGUGAACGAUCCUAUCAGCUCCCCAUCCGUCCUUGCGGAUACCAACCCUGACUUAAACCCGCUUGUAUCCUCUUCCGCGGAAGCCAAAUACGACUUCUCUGGCGACGAAAAUAUCCUGCCCACUCAACGACGACUCGCCGAAAUCACAGAACUCAUUCAUACCGCAUCUUUAUUGCACGACGAUGUCAUCGAUAAUGCUGUUACUCGCCGGUCCUCCAGCUCUGCUAAUCUGCAAUUCGGAAACAAGAUGGCUGUGCUAGCGGGUGACUUCCUGUUGGGGCGUGCAUCCGUUGCUCUGGCACGUCUGAGGGAUCCUGAAGUCACCGAGCUGCUGGCCACCGUCAUUGCCAAUUUAGUGGAGGGAGAGUUCAUGCAACUGAAGAAUACCGCCUCCGACGAAAAGAACCCCGUCUUUACGGAUGAAACCAUCUCUUACUACCUGCAGAAAACAUAUCUUAAGACAGCAAGCUUGAUAAGUAAAUCGUGCCGUGCGGCUGCGCUACUCGGUGAUAGCACCCCCCAGGUCGUCGAGGCUGCGUAUGCCUAUGGACGUAACCUGGGACUUGCGUUUCAGCUAGUGGAUGACAUGCUGGACUACACCGUUAGUGAUGCUGAGUUGGGCAAGCCAUCAGGAGCGGACUUGGAGCUGGGUCUGGCGACUGCCCCGCUUCUGUUUGCUUGGAAGCAGAACCCUGAGCUGGGACCGCUGGUUGGCCGAAAGUUCAGUCAGGAAGGCGAUGUUCAACGGGCCCGUGAGCUUGUUUAUCAAAGUAACGGUGUCGAAAAGACUCGUGAUUUAGCUCAGGAGUAUGCUGAUAAGGCUAAAGCUGCUAUUAGCAGCUUCCCCGACAGCGAAGCCAAGGAUGGCCUCCUUCAAAUGUGUGAGAAGACGAUGAAUCGGAGGAAGUAG